AUGGUGAAAUGGACAGAAGAGGAGCGCCGGAUCAUCAGAGGAGUUUGGGAAAAGGUUGAUAUUGAUGAGAUCGGCGAACAGCUUUGGGCAAGAGCUCUGAUUGUUUACCCAUGGAUAGAGCGAUAUUUCGGUGGUUUUGGGGACAUCUUCACCACUACAGCGAUUUUAAACAACCCCAAAUUGUCCGCCCUGGGAAAGGUCGUUUUGACGGCUGUUGACAACACUGUGAAGAACAUGGACAACUUUAAAGAAAUGUACGAUUCUCUAAGCAGGCUUCACUACGAGAAAAUCAAAGUGGAUCCGGACAACUUCAGACUGUUGGCAGAAUGCAUCACCAUCAUCAUCGCCUGUAAACUCAAAGCUGAGCUGAACCCUCAAGUCCAGGCAACCUGGCAGAAGUUCCUCUCUGCUGUGGUGGAGGCUAUGAGCAGUCAGUACAAAUAA